CCCCCAAACUUCGCCCUCCCUCCCUCCAUCCCUCCCAAACCAUCUCACAAGCAAAGAAAGGAAUUAUUGAGAGAUAACCUCUCCUCUUCUUCCACUCCCCUCUCCUUUAAAUCCCUCUUUUCUCUCUUCUCCUUCUCCCUUUCUUUCUCUCAUGGCUGCGUCCAUCUUUUUCAAAUCAAGAAUAAUUCAUAUCUUCCUUCUGUUUACUCUUUUCUCUUCAGAAUUGGGCUUCAUUCAACUUGGCUCGACUCUAGGCAUCAACUAUGGUCAAGUAGCCAACAAUCUACCAUUGCCAGAGAAAGUGCUUACCCUCCUGACCUCCCUUAGAAUUACCAAGAUAAGGAUCUAUGACACCAACCCUCGAGUUCUAACCGCAUUCGCAGACUCUGGAAUUGAUCUCAUCGUGACAGUACCAAAUGAAGCAAUCGCCCAACUAACCGAUCCCCGACAAGCCUUACAGUGGGUCACGACCAACAUCCAGCCCUACUUCCCCGCCACAAAAAUCUCCGGGAUUGCGGUCGGUAACGAGGUCUUCACAAGUGAUGACGCGGCCCUCAUGUCGAACCUCGUGCCUGCGAUGGUCAGCAUCCAUGCAGCCCUCGUCCAGCUUGGCCUCAACUCCUACAUUCACAUUUCUACUGCAACUUCUCUAGCUGCGCUGGAGAACUCCUACCCUCCGUCGUCUGGGUCAUUCAAACCAGAACUUGCCAGCCUGCUGGCGCCAUUCCUUCGAUUCUUAGCACAGUCAAAUUCGCCAUUUUGGAUAAAUGCAUACCCUUACUUUGCCUUCAAGGGUGACCCCAACACUGUUUCACUGGAUUAUGUCUUGUUUAACCCUAACCAAGGGACUGUGGACCCUUACACAAGGCUGCACUAUGACAACAUGCUCUAUGCCCAAGUUGAUGCAGUGAUCUACGCCAUUGCCCGGAUGGGUUAUGGAGGCGUGGAGGUUAGGGUGUCCGAGACGGGGUGGCCUUCCAAGGGUGACCCGGAUGAGAUUGGUGCAAAUGUUGAGAAUGCCAGGGCUUAUAAUAGGAACUUGUUGUUGAGGCAAAUGAGGAACCAGGGGACACCCCUGAGGCCCAACCAAAGGUUGGAAGUCUACUUGUUUGCGUUGUUUAACGAGGACUUGAAGACCGGACCGACCUCGGAAAGGAAUUAUGGGUUGUAUCGGCCGGAUGGUACCAUGGCCUACAACUUAGGGCCUGGUGCACUGCCAUCUACUGCGUCAGUUUCCCACACUUCAUCUGCUUCUCGGGAGACAGGGAAGGAACUUGGAAGCUCGUAUUGGAAAAUGGGUAAGCCAUGAACCGUCUUUUCAGAAUUCUUUCCUCCGUGGACUUGGGAGGUUUCCAAGCCCCAAAGAGAGACGAACGAAUUCAGGAAAAGCCACAGAAAGUAUGGGCCGCUUUGCGACGUGGAACGCACCACGGCGACUGUGUAAAUUAGAUUUGGAUUCCACCUUUUAUUUAUUCUCCUAAUUGUCCUUAAAGCCUUGUAUUAUAGUCUCAUUAAGGCUAUAAAUUGGAGGAAAAGAGGGGGGAAAUGAAUAAUUAAUUGGAAAAAAGCGAGGACACGGUUGGGUGGGUGCGCUUUCUGUGGCCAAACUUUAUUCACCGGCCGAAACCGCCGGCAUUGGAUUCUGUGCCAUGUUACACCGUGAAUCCGCCUUUGUGCAAAAGCUGAAAGGACCUUGGAGUCCCCCACUGUAGUUGAAUGAUUAUUCCAGAUACUAAAUUCGUGUCUUA